GUAUAAUAUAUGAGGUCUCCCUUCUGCGCGGGCGUUGUUUCACCGAUUGCGGUAGUCAUGGUAGUCAAUCUGCAAAGCUGAAGUGCAGACGUUCGGCUACAAGUGUCUCACGAUCUACCUUGCACAUUGAUUGCUAGUGCAACGUGAGCGCUUCCUGGUGCAAAUGGUGAGCGCGUAGAUGUGUACAUCCACCAGCAAUGAGUUCAAAUGGGAACAUGAUGGCUCAUGAGCAGACUUGUAUGAACUAGACUUUGUUUGAUGAUUGGAUGAUUGUUUUGCUUGCUCAGCGUCAAGUCUCCGGACCAAAUUCGAAGUGCCCCUACGAGCCUGAAGGCCAUGACGGAUUCCGAGUACUCCUUCUCUUUGACCACCUUUGCUCCAUCGGGAAAGCUUUUGCAGAUCGAGUAUGCCCUCAACCGUGUUGCGGAAGGUCGUCCUGCACUGGGCAUUAAAGCAAAGAAUGGAGUUGUGCUAGCCACUGAGAAGAAAGUCACCAGUCCGCUAGUGGAUGAGAAGACAUUGUCCAAGGUGGAGAACUUGUCCGACAGCGUUGGGAUGGUCUAUGCGGGAAUGCCAGCAGAUUAUCGUGUGCUGCUCCGCAGAGGGCGCAAGGUGGCCCAACAAUACUACACUACUUACCGAGAGCUCAUCCCAGUUUCACAGAUUGUGCGUGAAGAGGCUGCUAUCAUGCAGGAGUUUACGCAGUCAGGUGGUGUGCGCCCCUUUGGGGUUUCAUUGAUGAUUGCUGGCUUUGACGACAGUGGCCCCCAGCUCUUCCAGGUGGACCCAUCAGGCACCUACUUCGGCUGGAAAGCUUCGGCCAUUGGGAAGAACCACGUCAACGCAAAGUCCUUCCUCGAGAAGCGAUACAGUGAGGACAUUGAGCUUGAAGACGCCAUCCAUACAGCCAUUCUGACAUUGAAAGAAGGCUUUGAGGAAGCGAUCACCGCUGACAACAUCGAGAUUGGCAUCGUUGGUACGGACAGGAAGUUUCGUGUCUUGACACCUGCAGAAGUGCAAGAUUACCUUGGAGAAGUGGAGUAGACAAGGAUUCAUGGUGUCUAGUUUCAAACAGGAUUUAGGCACUUUGGCAACGUAUGUAGUGUGUAUGAAGCUUCCAGCUCAUCAUGUGAGGCAGUGAUUGAAAGCCACAGCUUUGGGCUGAA